AUGAUGCGAGUGCCCAAAGGCGUGUGUCCGGCGUCGGCUCGGCCAGCGGCGGGGCUCCCCUGCGGCCAGCAGAAGAUGAAGCUGGUGCCCGUCGGGGCUCUGCAGACGGACUUCUUCAGCUGCGGACUGUCCAGCCCGCCGAUGAGCACCGUGCCGGCCGGCUACUUCACCCAGAUCUGCAACACCAACGCGGCCGAACAAAGAGCCCACAGCCUGUACUCGACCCCCCACGGACCCGAGGCUAAACCCAUCAGAUCAUCCUCCGGCCGACUGCCGGCUAAACGGAAGCUGGAUCUAGAAGAUCCUCUAUACCUGCCAGAGUUCCGCACACCUAAAGGCAAAGGCUGCAUUGCAGCAAGGAUACCAAGCCCACGCACUCCGAAGUCUCCGGGUGAACGGACCCGAUACGACACCUCUCUGGGUCUGCUGACCAAGAAAUUUGUGGGGCUGAUUGCUGAGUCUCCUGAUGGAGUUCUCGAUCUGAACUGGGCCACUGAAGUUCUCGAGGUCCAGAAGAGGCGCAUCUAUGACAUCACCAACGUACUAGAGGGCGUCCAGCUGAUCCGAAAGAAGUCCAAGAACAACAUCCAGUGGCUUGUGGGAGACGUGUUUGAAGGUGGCGCCUCCGGGGGAGCGAAGGCCUGUGCCUUGAGGAAAGAGCUGGGAGACCUGGAGAAGGCGGAGAGCUCAAACAGCUCACAGAGCACAAAGACAACCAGAGAUAUCCUUUACGCACGGCCUCAACCCUCUGUGACUGUCCUCUGUGAUCAUUUUUGCUCCUCUAAAACCUUGACUGCUCGCUGUACGCUGGGCUACGUGACGUACCAGGACAUCCGCUCCAUCGGCAGCCUGCGAGACCAGACGGUAAUUGCUGUCAAAGCCCCGGCGGAGACCAAGCUGGAGGUGCCCGACACUGCAGGGCAAGGCUCUUUGCAAAUCUAUUUAAAAAGCCGAAACGGCCCGAUAGAAGUCUACCUCUGUCCCGAGGAGGGGCUCGAAGACGCCAGCCCUGUUAAGGGCGCCCUCAGCCCUAAAAAGGAGUGUCCUCAAAGCCUCAACCCGCCGGUGGCAAAUCCAGUGGCGCAGCAAAGUUACAGCAUCAAAGAGGAGCCUGCUGAGGGCAACGUUUCCUCCGCAGCCCCGGCUGCCGCCUCCACGUCCUCCCUGCUUGACGUCGAGAGUCUUCUGGGUUUGCCCCCUGGCCUGCUGCAGAUCACCGAGGACCAGCUUCCUUGCGCCUCCUUCGCCUCGGAUCCCAGCACGCCCUUCGUCAGUUUCUCCCCGCCUUUGGAUCACGACGACUACCUCUGGAGCCUAGAGGACGGCGAGGGGGCCAUGAAUGAGGCAUUCUCCAUAUCCAUGGUGACCGCACCGAAGACUGCGAGGAGUUUGCAUAGAAAUGAGAGGUAA